GAGUAUUAUGGUCUGUCGUGCGCUGGCUGCUGCUUUUCUGCUCCUGGAAGCGGCCAAGGGGGAAGCGGCGAGUCAACAUGGAGCUUUCAGCGGUGGGGGAGCGGGUGUUCGCGGCCGAAGCCCUCCUGAAGCGGCGCAUACGGAAAGGACGCAUGGAAUACCUUGUGAAAUGGAAGGGCUGGUCGCAGAAGUACAGCACAUGGGAACCUGAAGAAAACAUCCUGGACGCUCGCCUGCUUGCCGCCUUUGAGGAAAGGGAACGAGAGAUGGAGCUCUACGGCCCCAAAAAGCGAGGACCCAAACCCAAAACCUUCCUGCUCAAGGCCCAGGCCAAGGCAAAGGCCAAAACUUAUGAGUUCCGAAGUGACUCAGCCAGAGGCAUUCGGAUCCCCUACCCCGGCCGCUCGCCUCAGGAACUGGCCUCUACUUCCCGGGCCCGUGAGGGCCUUCGGAACAUGGGUCUGUCCCCGCCAGGGAGCAGCAGCAGCACCAGCAGCACCUGUCGAGUGGAGCCCCCUCGGGACCGUGAGCGGGACCGUGAGCGUGAGAGGGAGAGGGAGAGGGAACGAGAGCGUGAGCGUGAUCGUGAUCGGGGCACCAGCCGUGCAGACGACAAACCCAGCUCACCAGGUGACAGCUCCAAGAAACGAGGUCCCAAGCCCCGGAAGGAACUCCUGGACCCCUCGCAGAGGCCCUUGGGAGAACCCAGUGAUGGCCUCGGAGAUUACCUCAAGGGCAGGAAGCUGGACGAUGCUGCUUCCGGGGCAGGAAAGUUCCCAGCUGGCCACAGCGUGAUCCAGCUGGCUCGAAGGCAGGACUCGGACCUGGCCCAGUGUGGUGUGGCCAGCCCCAGCCCAGCUGAGGCCACAGGCAAGCUUGCUGUGGACACCUUUCCAGCCAGGGUCAUAAAGCACAGGGCCACCUUCCUGGAGGCCAAAGGCCAGGGCACCCUGGACCCUGGUGGCCCCCGGGUCCGGCAUGGCUCAGGCACCCCUGGCUCUGUAGGGGGCUUGUAUCGGGACAUGGGGGCCCAAGGGGGAAGGCCCUCUCUCAUCGCCAGGAUUCCAGUGGCCAGAAUCCUGGGGGACCCAGAGGAAGAAUCCUGGAGCCCCUCUCUGACCAACCUGGAGAAGGUGGUGGUCACCGACGUGACCUCAAACUUUUUGACCGUCACCAUUAAGGAAAGUAACACGGACCAAGGCUUUUUUAAAGAGAAAAGAUGAAUUGCUGGGCAGGUGAUCCCAGGACAAGAGAGCAGGCGAGAGAGUGAGAGUGCAAACUUGGCAUAAUGCUUAUUUCUGGGUGGGAGGCGGCCUUCUGGCUGGUCCUGUCCUGUCCCUACCUUCACACACACACACACACACACACACACACACACACACCCUUUCAUCUCUCCCCCCUCAGUUUUGGUUGGAAAGAUUAUCUCUAGAGUUAUAUUUUCUAUUAGAUGUAAAUAUGUUAUUUAAGAAAAAAUAUCUAAAUAUAUAUAUUUCAACUCUU